CCGGCUGCCGCUCGCUGCUCGACCUGUGCGGCGCCGCGCUCUCGCGCCAGCCCAGCUCCGCCUCGCUCGACAACUGCGACGACGUCAACAGCAACGUCUGCAGCCGCGCCGCAUCGCCAGCGCCCGCGCCCGUACCGGCGCCCGCCGACCUCACCAACAGCAACGUCUGCAGCCGAGCGGCGUCGCCCGCGCCCGCCGACGUCACCAACAGCAACGUCUACUGCGAUGCGCCGUCCGCCGAGGACGAUCUCCUGGCGGACGUGCCGACCGCCCCGACACCGGAGCCACCUGCGGUCCGCGGUGAGUGGCGGGACGCCCCCGCAGACCUGACGUCGCCCGCGCUGCUCAGGAACUGCCUCGGCAGCGCCGUCUCCGCCAGGGCGGCAGUCGAGGCUGUGGCCGCCAACGGCGAAGAGCGCGUCGACGGUAGGGAGAACGGCUACGACAGCAACCCGGUCGAAAGUGAAGACAUCCCAGCUGCUGAACAGACGAGGACGGCAGACCCGCAAGUCGAGGACCUCGACAAGGUCCACAGGUUGAAGAAGACCGGCAAUGACGAGAUGAAUACGUCCUAUUCGAGCGGUUCGGAUGGCGAGGACGGCGGUGCCGGCAGCUCCAGCAGCGGAGGCGGCGGAGGAGGCAGCAGUUCGCAAGACGACGGCUUCGACGAGGCCGAGGAGGACGAGGAGGAGGGGCAGGAGAGCGAGGGCGCGUCGCAGGAGCCGCGCUUCACUGUGGCACAGCUGGUGUCGGCCUUCACGCGGCACGAGCGAGCCGUCGCGGGCGCCGCGCCCGCUCCGGAGGCCGGCCGCUUCCCCACGGGGCCCAACGCCCUGCGCCUCUUCAUCCCGGGCAUCAGCAUCCGCCGCGACCGUGACCGCGACCGCGACAGGCAGCGCCAGCGCCGCCGCCACGGACGACAAGAGCAGGGUGAGAAAACCACGUCACCUGAAGAGCAACAGUCAUCUAUUGUUUCCAAGACAGGUGAUCAGACCUUGAUAACUGUGCCAGCAGAUUAUGAUCGUCUUCAGUCAAACAGUGGAGUAUCUGAUCAGGAAGUCAGCAAGAAAUCAGCUGGUGGAGUCUCCAGGAAUGGAGACAGCUUAGAAAGAACAUCAGCUUUCUGUCUAGACCAUGAUACAAACAACAACAGAAAUAACAAGUGUAUCAGCAACACCAAUGGUACCCGCAGUUCUUCGUGGGAACGUAUCUGUACAGGCUCUUACACUCGUGCCAUGGACAAGUUUCGACCAACGAGGAAAUCUCUUACAGCAAUUUCAGAACCUCCAGUUCAAAUUACAGAAAAAGUACGUCGCAAAUCAACUCCAGCCAUUAAAAAUGUCUAUUUGUAAUUGGUAUCUUUUCCCCACUUGUAGUCAGCGUAAACAAUUACAUAAUUGUAUCCUUUGUUCGACUUUUGCUGUUACAUGAGAAAAUAAUAAUUAGUUUUAACCUUUUUGUGACUUGACCUCGGUUUCCUUGAAAGAUCUAAAUAGAAUUUUUUUCUGGAACAGCUACAUAUGUAGACAAAUUUCGCAUUACUUCGAACAAAUUUCUCUGUUUAAGGAUCGUGGGAUGCACAUGUUGAUAUGCCACAUGUUGUGGCCAUAUAUUUACAUGAGAAAGUAAUAAUUAGUUUCAACCUUUUUGUGACUUGACCUCAGUUGCCUUGAAAGAUCUAAAUAGAAUUUUUUUUUCUGGAACAGCUACAUAUGUAGUCAAAUUUCGCAUUACUUCAAAUAAAUUUCUCUAUUUAAGGAUCAUGGGAUGCACAUGUUGCUAUGCCACAUAUUGAAUUUUUGGCGGUUUACCGUCCACAAAAGAAGUUUAGUUUAAGAAUACAACAAUGAAAUUCAAUUUUUGUGUGCAAAUUUAUUAUCUGUGACAUCUAACUGAGCAAUUUAUGUAAUUUUAUAUUCGUUAUACCAGAGCUAGUCAUAUACUCAGAUGUCUAACUUGAAAAGAAGAGUAGUACAGACGUGAAAGCUAAUGGCUUGACUGCUCAGAAGAACAUCAGAGCGAGUGGUUACUGUUUGUAUCCUUUUCAGUUGUGGGACUAUACAAUAAACAACAAAGUUGUUACUCAUUUCUGGGAGUUUCCGAGUGUGAUUGACAGAAGCUAGAUUCCUGGAUGCAAUAAUCUUGGUGAUUCCAUUACCAAUCUUAUUGGACAUCCAUAACUGUACCUAGAGUUGUUAGUAUUAGUUUACCCCCGGAAUUAGCAGUUAAGGAAUAUUCUCUGUCCUUUUAUUCCUCAUUUCUUUUUUGUUGAAUAAGGUAAUGUAUCUAGUAUUUUAGCAAUGCACACUUUAAAAUGAAGCUGUCAUAUACAAACAUUAUCAUGUAACAUAUUAAGAAACAUAAUGGUUCAUUUUUGUAUGUAGAAUAAAUAUAUAAGUUCGAUUAAAGUA